AUGCUACGCGGACCUAAUAGAGUGCCAUACGCCGUCAGGUACAUUGUCCAUUCCGCUCGUACAGCUUCUUAUCAACUUCAGCUUGAAAAAUCAGUGGAAAAUAUUUACGCACUUCUUGAGGCAAACGAUAGACUGUCUUAUCUUUUGGCACAAUAUAUUCCGGAACCAGCUAGGAAUGCUUUCAUCGCAAUUCGGGCUUUCGCUCUCGAAAUCAACAAGAUAACUGAUGGUGGUAGUAUGGAUGGCCGUGCCGCCAAAGCGCUGAAUCAAUUGAGCAAGUCUACUGGAAUGACCACAGCAGACAUGAAAUUCAAAUUUUGGAGCGAGCUUUUGGUCAAAUCGUUUUCUGAUAAGGAUGAUAUAGGUGAGCCUGUAGCGUUUUUGCUACGUGAUGCGCUUAGAAAUGGUCUCAAUUUGGACAUUGUCUAUUUUCAUCAAUUCUUGCAAACAAGAAGGCAUUUUCUCAAAAGCCAGCAAUUUUCAACGGUCUCAGAUAUAUGUUCGUAUGGGGAAGGGACAUACUCGCAGCUUAACUAUGCCACUCAGUCGAUUCUAUUAUCACCUCAAAUUUCACCUUCUGUUAUUCACAUGUUGGAGUUGUCAACAACGCUUCAAAGUAAAGUCAGCGAUAUUGCCGCUCAUAUUGGCCAGGCAACUGCAGUUAGUUCAAUGAUUUUAGGGAUGAACUUUUACGCUUCAACAAGAAACCAAGUGACACUUCCCGUUAAUAUCAUGACCAAGCACGAGCUAUCUCAAGAAGCGCUCUUAAGAUUGUCUCAAGGACACACAAAAAAUGAAGGAGAGAUUAAAGACACCCGAGAUCGGUUGAAGAAUGUUAUCUUCGAAACAGCAAUUACUGCCAAUGAUCAUCUCCUUUCUGCGCGGCAAAAAUUGAAGCAAGUCAAAGAGGACAUUGCCGAAAUUCUUGAACAAAGACCAAGAGACACUUUACUUAUCACAAACAGUAAAAAUUGGAGAAAAGGGCUACCAGAUGUCAUUUUUGUUCCUUUUAUGCUUGCCAUUCCAACUUCUCUUUAUUUACAACGGCUCGAGAAGCAUGAUUUUGAUGUAUACAGUAAAAAACUUCAGCACAAAGAGUGGAGGUUGGCAUGGAACUCUUUCAGAAAUUAUUACCAAAGGCGAAUUUGA